ACGCGUCCAUCCAGUUCACCACCCCUCCAGGGUCCUUGGAGUUUCAAUCGUUCUGCUCCUUCUCGUUUCUAGGGUGAUCUCGCUUCUAGAAAGUAAGAGAAGAACGGGUCGUGUCCCCUUCAAUUUGUGUCCAGUGGUCAAGUAGGCCUAAUGAUAUUCGUGUGCUCGAGAGGCGGAGCGCCUGUCCUUUGAUAUUGAUCUCACUACUACCACACAUCCGUCUCUACUUCUGGUCGAACACUUCAUUCGGCAAUUCACCCUAUAUAGCAAACUUCGCUCACGCCCCCUUCCUGGAUACCUCGUCAGGCUACUAAGAAACGAGCGACCACCUUGUAUCAAUUCCAAUUUCUCUUUGUGGCGCGCCUGACUAAUCCAGCUCUCUGGUGUGGAUUCAAUCCCUGGGAACCAUUGUGCUUCAAUACUCUUCAAAAUGGUUUACACCGGGAAGCCCAGCCGGGGCUGCCAGAUGUGCAAGAGCCGCAGGAUAAAGUGUGACGAGAAACGUCCAACCUGUGGGCAAUGCCAAAAGUCUGGCCGUACCUGCCCCGGGUAUCCCGACGAAUUUGAUCUUGUCUUUCGAGAUGAGAACAAAGCCAUGGAAAGGAAGGCGAGGAAGGCUUCAGGGAGCUCGACCGCGAAGACUAACACUGAUUCACAACAAACCUCUCCCAUAAAUCUCUCUCCGAGCUCCACCUUCGAGAUAUCACCUGGCACCAGCCCGUUUAGGUUCAUAGAAGCGUCGCCUUCAGAGUCGACAGACUUCCAACUCAUAACCAUGCCAUCGCACAUUAUGCCUCCAGAUGCAGCAUCGUUUGAUGCAUUCAUGUGGAGUUUAGAACACGAUGUACCUCCCGUUAUAUCACUACCCCCGGAUUUUGAAGCUGUACCAUUCUUCUUUAAGAACUUCGUGUCCUUGCCGCAGCAAGCAGAUACAAUGAGGGGGUACCUCGAACUUCUUGUACCUCUAUAUAACAAAGCUCGACCUUCGUCGGCUCUACAUCUAGCGACCAAUGCUGUUGCACUCGCCGCAUGCUGCAACUACCCCGGCAAGGAAGAAUUGAGGAAAGAAGCUAUAAGCACAUACGGAAAAGCAUUGAGGAAACUUAAUUCUGAUCUGAAAGAUCCCGUUGCUUCAAAAUCUGACGAAUCCAUCCUUGCUACGCUCUUGUUCAGCUUAUACGAAACUAUCAUGUCGACAGACGAUACCAUUACUGCCUGGGGAAAUCACGUGGAUGGUGCUGUGGCGCUGACGAAGAUGAGAGGACCUGAGCAGCUUAAAGACCCGAUGUCACACGACGUCUUUCGAGCUGUCCGAACGAUGAUGAUCACAAGCUGUGUGCAACGCUCUAAACCAAUAGAAACCUUCCCCGGCGAGACAGGCUGGGUAACCAACGACAUCAAUGACGAAAAUGCCGCCAACCGGUUAACACUAAUAUGCAUGGAUCUACCUAACAUCCGCGCGCGAGCAAAUGCUCUCACCGGUACGUUAUACGACGCAGCACAAGAACUUGAGGCUCGCGACAUCCUCGAAUACGCCCAAAUGGUCGAUACCAACCUACAACAAUGGUACGACACGAUCCCCACCGAGUGGCAAUACCGCACUGCGGGCAUGGAAUACAACAAUCCAGAUGACGUCUCCGAGAUGGAAGCAUGGCCAGGCCCCAUUCACGUCUACCACGACGUUUCCUUGGCGAGCAUUGUCAACGACUACCGCGUCUGCAGGAUCUUCUGCCAGCGUGUCGUUAUGGCCUGCGUCACAUGGCUCAGUUUCGGAGGUAACUACCUCUCCGCCACGCAGGCGUACAACAGCGCAACCUUCAUUAUCCAGAAGAUGGUGGAUGAAAUCUCGGCGUGCGUCAAGUUCCACAUGUCCUACGACAUGCAACCCGUAGCACAGGAGUUGCAACUGGAACCAAACGCGGCCGAAGCAUUCGGAGGCUACUCCCUCGUCUGGCCCCUCUACGUCGCCGCAAACGCCGAGACCGUACCCCAACGCCAGCGCGACUGGCUCUCCGGCCGCCUCUACACCAUAGGAACGAAGUUCGGCCUCAAUGCCGCACAGGUUCUUGUCCUCGCCAGGAGACACGUUCUCACAUGCGGUCCGAUGUUUCCCUAACCGAGCGAGCGAACGAGACAAACACACAG